UACAGGAGAUGACCAGAGACUGCGGACACAGUACAGGAGAUGACCAGAGACUGCGGACACAGUACAGGAGAUGACCAGAGACUGCGGACACAGUACAGGAGAUGACCAGAGACUGCGGACACAGUACAGGGAUGACCAGAGACUGCGGACACAGUACAGGGAUGACCAGAGACUGCGGACAGUACAGGGAUGACCAGAGACUGUGGACAGUACAGGAGAUGACCAGAGACUGCGGACAGCACAGGGAUGACCAGAGACUGCGGACACGGGAUGACCAGAGACUGCGGACACAGUACAGG